ACCUGCUUGUCAGGCCCGGGCUGCCCUUUAUCGCAUAUCUGUAUAUCCACCAUGUUCACCGUCAACUAAGUGCUGCGUAUCGUUGGCGCGUGAGGACAAUGUAUGCCCCUGCCAGAUGCCGAGCCCAUUCCACACAUUCCAGUUUUUCGGGACGGAAUUUGUUGUCUCCUCUGUUCUGAUGAUAGAGAGCGCUAUGUUUGUCGAGGGCGAACAGCUUUGAUGACGCACCUCAAGACGGCGCAUGGGUACACUCGUGGCCGUUCGGCGGGCCGAAUAUGUGGCGGAGCACCUGGGGGUGUUGAAGGCCUGGCUCUCGACGGGAUUGUUCGGUUCCCUAUGAUUUGCCAGGCGGUGUUCCACAAGACCACACACUAUCAAGCUGGCGAUCAACUCAGACGCGCGCUAAAGUACGGGAGGUUUUAAAAGGGUAAAAUAUUAUAUCGCAUUAGUGGUACGUUGGGCGAUAUCUAGAAGUGUGCUAUCUAGGGAACAUCGCGAUAAUACCAGAAGUUAAAGAGCCCUUAGGUAAUGGGUUCCACUCUUAUAAGCUUCCUCAACUAGCCCAUCCAGUUUGCCAUUUCCUAC